CCGAAGCCUGGGCUUCUGCUGCCGCUGCUGCUGUUCCUACUGCCGCUGGUGCCGGUGGCCUGCCCUGCUGCCCUGCAGGCGGUGCCAAUCAGUGAGCAAUCGCAGAAGAUUCAAUUGAAUACGGAGGACGGGCGUUUUCGAUCUGAGUUCUCCACAGAUCUGGCGUUACUCAGCAGGAGGAGAGGCAGUUUGAAGCACAGGAAGGGGGUGAUAUGAAUCGAGUGCCACAGCGCGGAACCGAGGUGUCUUUGAACUGAAGAAUGGUGCGGAAAUCCCGGCUCGUCGUCGUCCAGAGCUAGAAGCGCGCUUAUGGGGACACAGAGGAGUGAAGAUUCGACGUGCUGACAGCCGGAAGGAGGAGGUGGUUUGAAGCUCGUGCGGUAAAUAGGACAUGUGGAGAUGGUAGCAUGCGUGUUCGUGAAUAUACAAUUGUGCAGUAAUUUCGUGUGUCGAGUGAGUGGACGAGAGCAGGUCGCAUGAAACGAUUUUAUAAUAUUAGAGCUAGUAAGAGAAAAGAGAACUCGGAGACAGGGCCGUCGAAGGUGGUGGAGGACGAUCUGAAUUUUCGUGUGUGAAGGAGUGGAUGUUUCAACAGGUGUUUUUGAAGAAGACUCGGGUCUUCUCGCUCAUCUCCAGGUGGGAUGCCAUCAUCCCCCACUUUCGGUCGCAAGCUUCCCUUCCAGCGAACCACGUUAUGGCAUGACAGGGGGUAUUCGCGCCAGGCACCAUGCAGUCCCCGGAGUCUGCCUCGGGUGCUCUUCGGAUGCAUCCUAAUUUUGCUGAUUGCCGUUGCGCUUUUGUUGCAUCGGCAGUUGUCGUACAACACUCCGCCGGUCGUGGGCUGUGGAGCAGUAGAAGACACUCUCCGCUCUCUUAUUCUGCUACCAUCUCCCAAAAGGGUUAUGCAAGUCGGUGCUGACAGCACCAAAUUGAAAGAUGAGCUUCUCAGCGGAAGUACCGACCACGAUUCCGUGGACGGAAAUUUACUGGUAGAAGGUCCUAGGCCAAAAGUACUUGGGUUUGUGGGAAUACAGACAGGUUUUGGUUCUGCUGAAAGACGCAGAGCACUCAGGCAAACAUGGUUGCCUUCAACCCAAGAUGGAAUUGUACGGCUACAGGAAGAAACGGGUCUAGCCUUUAGAUUCAUCAUCGGUUAUACGGAUGACCCGAAAAAAAUGUUGGAGCUAGAACAAGAGAUUGAAAUAUAUCAUGAUUUUGUUCGCAUCGACAAUAAAGAAGAGUACAAACGCCUGCCAUUCAAAACGUUAGCUUUUUUUAAGGCAGCUUAUCUUCUCUUCGAUGCGGAUUUUUACGUGAAGGCAGACGAUGAUAUUUAUCUCCGUCCUGAUCGUUUGUCAAUGCUGCUAAAGAAAGAACGGUCUACACCUCGGACAUACUUGGGCUGCAUGAAGAAAGGAAACGUGAUUUCAAAUCCAGCUCUGAAAUGGUACGAGCCUCUUGGUUAUUUGCUGGGCAGCGAAUAUUUCUUUCAUGCUUACGGCCCGAUUUACGCCUUGUCUCGAACCGUAGUCGCAGAUUUGGUGACUUUCAGAAAUGACAGCUUUAGAAUGUUCAGUAAUGAGGAUGUUACUAUAGGCUCAUGGAUGCUAGCUUUAAAUGUUCAACACGAAGACGAUCGCUCCCUUUGCGACCCCGAGUGUCACCCUAAUUCCGUCGCAGUUUGGGACAUUCCCGCUUGUUCAGGUCUCUGUCACUCGGAACAGAGGCUCCUUCAACUUCACCAGCAAGAUAUGUGUUCAAAAAGUCCCACUGUGUUUGAUCAGUAGUUACGUCCUAACGCCAAUUUGUGAGGAGACCACGCCUUACCGCUAAGGCGACAUACUAUACAGGGAUUUUGCUAAGAUACCUGUUAUAUUGUAACAUAAUUAUUUCACCUCCUUAGGAAUCGGGGGUUUCGUUACAUGAUGUAGAAGAAUUGUCAAGUUUGGCGCAUCUUAUCCUGGUUCUCAUAAGCAUGUGGAAGUGUGAUUCUGAACUUUCCAUUUCGAUCAUUAGAAUACCGCCUCCCAUGAGCAGAAGAACAUGAAUGUUAACAAGAAUGUGGUGGCAUCACACAAGAA